AUAAAGGCGGAACUGUGAGCAACAACGAACUAAACAGAGCAAGGCGUGACGUAAACAAACCCCAGCAUCGCCCGAGGAGCACCACCCGACACCAAGGGGCGAAGGCCGACAACUAAAUAACUGGAAAGGCAGAAAGUAGCGCAAGGAAACUCAUUGCUGGGCUAGCAUAGGAAAUCCAGGAGAAAACCUAUCACAGGACUAUUGUUACGAGUCUGCAGGAUGACUUACCAGCUGUACCGGAACACCACCCUCGGGAACACGCUGCAGGAAACCCUCGACGAACUCAUCCAGUUUCAGCAAAUCUCACCAAAUGCUGCAUUAAAAGUGCUGCUUCAGUUUGACCGAGCUAUCAACUCUGCUCUAGCUGGUAAAGUGCGAUCACGAAUUAGUUUUAAGGCUGCCAAGCUCAACACCUACAGAUUCUGUGACAAUGUGUGGACUUUUCUUAUGAGUGACGUGGAAUUUAAAGAAGUGCAAGACUUUGUGCAAGUGGAUAAACUCAAGAUUGUGGCUUGCGAUGGAAGAGGUCCAGGUCCUGGAGGUGCAUCUGGUGGUGGAGACUAAACAUCAACAAAGGUAGCAACAAGAUGACUCAACAGAAUUACAGUGUGUUGUCUUUUUUUCUUAAUUAUGAUAUAUUGUUUCAUUUUCAUCUCUCCUGUGCCUUUGUUUUACACUAAAUUUUGUUAUACACAAAAUUUAUUGCCUCGGCAGUGCCAUCACCCUAGGUUGCAAAGUUUGUGCAUUGUAUCUCAUAAUUUGAGAGAGAGAGAGAGAGAGAGAGAGAGAGAGAGAGAGAGAGAGAGAGAGAGAGAGAGAGAGAGAGAGAGAGAGAGAGAGAGAGAGAGAGAAUUAUAUGAAGCUAAGUUUCAUCACUCAAAAUUGUAAAUUUCUGUUAACUGGCAAGAAACUGUAUAAUUUUCCUGAUUCUUAUUAUUUUUUUUAUUAAUUAAUUUAUUUUUUUAAGAUGUUAACUGCAGUAUGUUAGCACUGUGAGUACUGUUAGAAAAAAAUACAAGUAAUUGGUUGUUUCUAUACACUGCACAACUGUCACAAGACAGAAUAGGAGAGAGUUGUAUUCUGGACAUCCUCAAUAUUUAUGAGUUCACUUUACACUAAUUUUGAUGUUCAAUGGAUUCAUUUAAUUAUAAAAUCAAGAUGCUUCUCUUGGGUCUUUCAUCAUAAUUAUUUUGUAGCAUGUGUAGCAAUACAGUUUAUGUAAAAAAUCUAGUGAAUUAAUGGAUAAGACCAACAGCAUGACAAAUUAUGUAUUGCACAUAUAAUAUUGUACAGUUCAAAGGAUUUUUAGAAAACUUCAGUUUUCACAACAAGCCUGAUGAUCAUAAAUAUUAAGGUUGUCCUGUAUACUCAAAUGAUUGCACAUAUAUAUAUAUUAAGUUUCAAUGAUAGUGAAAAUUCUUUCACUGAUUGCAUUAAGAAGAAAUUAAAGGACAUUAUCUUCUUACAUCACUCAAUGGGUAGUGUGAUGCUGUUAAGAAAUGAGAAUACCCUCAUAAUUUUUUGCCAUGAUUUACAACCUCUGUAUUAUCAUUAUAUAACCUCAAUCAUAAAAUUUGACUUUGUAUGUAUGUAUUUUUAACAAGCCAUUUUUGCACAUGGUGACAUUUGAGUGGAAAGCAUGGAUGAUCAAUAAAAGAGAAGACCAUC